AUGGUUCCCAAAAGUAUUAUUAAAGCCGUUUUAUCUGUUGUUGUCGCCGCGGGCGCCGUAAAUGGCCAGAGCAUUGUGAAUGAAGAUGCUGAUAUCACCACCACCUAUACUUCGACCAUAAUGGUGUAUACCACACAGCUAGGUUCGAACCAAGCAAAACCUGUGGCCUAUGCACAGUCGAUCUCGACUUUGGAUGACCCUAGUAUGGACACUUUGACCACUGCAAGCUCUACUGAGUCGAUGAGUCUCGCACCUGCAAACUCAGUAUCUGCAACACAAGCGUUUCUGGCAUCUGUGGCCUCAGGCUCCGCCAAGCAAAGUUCUUUGGAUUCUGUAUCAUCUGCGUCGUCCGUCAGUGCGCCAUCUGCAUCUGCGGCCUCCGAAUCUCAGGCUUUAGUCUACCAGGCAUCUGUCAAUGCGGCUAGUGCGUCGUCUGCCUCUCUGGCAUCCGAAUCUCAAGCUUCGCUUUUCGAUGUUUCCGUCUCACUGGCUUCAGCAUCCCGCGCGUCUGCCUCUCAGGCCUCUGCGUCCCUAGCCUCAGUUUCUCAAGCCUCUGCGUUCGAGGUGUAUGCUUCUCGAGCUGCGGCCUCUCUGACAAUCACUACAUCAAGACUCAGUUCCGCUGACACCCAAAAUACUGGAAAACUGGUCGAAGCUUCUGUCUCUAGUGGCACUACAAUCGCACAGAUUACCUCAUCUUCGCCCAGCCCGACUUCUUCAUCCUCAAUUGCCAACACUCUUACCACGGCAAGCAGUUCUUCAUCCACAGCUAGCAGUUCUUCAUCGACGCUUCACUCCGAUCCCUCCUCUUCAUCCCAAGAAUCUUCAAGGACCUCCAGCACUGCCAAGAGCCACGGUGCAGGUGCCACCGUGCCUCCAAACUGCCUCUUAUUCGGAGCAGCUGCAGGCGCUGUGCUAGGGCUAUUAUAA